ACCGUACCGCCAUAUUUGUUUUUAGAGCUCACAAGAAAGAGUUUUCCUCCGAAUUUCUCUACAAUAAAAUGGCUACUACUAUUAUUUCUGUUAAAUUACCACCAGAUAUUGAUCCAACGAAAGCAAUGCUUGCGUAUGGUGACAGAGCAUUGCCAAAGCUGAAUCGAGAGCUCAACAGUGCCGACCUCCUAACAAGACAGAAAGCUUUAAUGGCCCUAUGUGAUGUGAUGCACAAUUCUGAGUAUAUUACUGAGGGAUUGAGAGUGGGUAUUGCGGCAAGCUUAAAGACAUUACUAAAAGACACUGACCCAACUGUUAGGCACAAGACCACAGAGGUUCUAUUUAUUAUUGCAGGUCAUGCUGUAGGGAGAGAUGCAUUCCUGGAUCACAGUAUUAUUGUACCUUUAUCAGAACUGUUUAAUGACAAAGUUUAUCAAGCCAGACGCAAUGCCCACAAAGCAAUUGAAAUGUGUUCACAUACAAGUCCUGGAACUGAUGGCAUAGUUGAGGCAAAACUUAUACCUGUAUUAGUGAAGAAGCUCCUUGGAGAAGAAGAUGAAAUAAAGGAGCUUAUUCUGGACACUCUACAUUACUGCAUGAGAAUAGAAACCAGUGAUGCCUUGAAUAAUGAUGCUAUGAAAGCCUUCACUAAACUUCUGAGUCACUCAUCACCUUCCAUACGAUACAAGGCUGCAAGGGAUAUUAUGGAUUUGAGUUUUCUACUAGAAGGGAAAGAUAAAGCAGUAGAUGAAGGAGCAGUACCUGAGCUAGUAUUCCUACUUAAAGAUGAUGACACAAAUGUCAGAGCACAAGCAGCUGGUGCCUUAAUGAUAAUUACUAUAACGACUAAAGGGAAAUAUGCAGCAAUAGAGGCUGAGGCCAUUCAUAACUUGGUUAAAGUGCUGAGUGAUUCAGUCAGUGAAGUCAGACUUAAUGCCCUCAAGGCAAUAACAACAUUAGCAGAGGCACCUGUAGGAAGGACAACAUUGCUCAAGUCUGUCAAAGAGGUUGAAAAUCUUGUUCGUGACCACGACAGCCCUGCCGUUAGAAAGGCUGCUCAGAUUGCAGUAAAAGUCAUCACGUGGAAGCCAUAAACCAAUCAAAAUCCGAUACCGUCAUUCUUAUAAAUGCGUCUAUUUUGUAUAUAUAUCUUAUACAUAGUAUAUAGUCUCCUAUUGGUAUCAUUAACUUUGAAGUCGUGUAUAAUAAAGUUUCAUCACUAAUCAUGUUCA